GCGCUUUAAAGCGGUGAAUCCCGGGAUUCGCGCCUUCGCCUGCCCAUCUACCUCCGCACCGGGCAUUCCGCGACGGACGUUACCGUCGAGGCAAAGUUGAUAUAGCGUUGCUCGCGAGUGAAAUCUUUAAUUUUGAUAGAACGACCUUACGGGAGGGACGCGCCGAGCGCUCGCACAGGGAGUCACGGUCCGGGGAACGCGCUUUCGUCUCGACGUCGGGCAGAGCAAGGCUUCAGGAUGGGCGUGCCGAAAUUCUUCAGAUACAUAAGCGAGAGGUACCCCUGCCUCAGCGAGGUCGUCAAGGAACAUCAGAUACCGGAAUUCGAUUAUUUGUAUUUGGACAUGAACGGUAUCAUACACACGUGUUCCCAUCCGAACGACGACGUCUGCUUCCGGAUCUCCGAGGAGAUGAUUUUUAAGAAUAUAUUCCACUACAUAGAGGUGCUAUUCAACAUGAUCCGCCCGCAGAAGUUGUUCUUCAUGGCGAUCGACGGCGUAGCGCCGAGAGCCAAGAUCAAUCAGCAGAGGGGCCGGCGUUUCAGGGCCGCCAAGGAUGUCGAGGUGCAGGAGGCCAAGGCCAGGUCCAAGGGUAUCCCGAUACCCAGCGAGAAGAGAUUCGACUCGAACUGCAUCACCCCGGGGACGCUCUUUAUGGCUAAGCUCGGCGAGCAGCUCAGGCGCUUCGUCGAACACAAGACUUCCACCGACGACGCGUGGAAGACGUGCAAAGUGCUGUUCAGUGGCUCCGAGGUCCCUGGAGAGGGAGAGCACAAAAUUAUGGAUUACAUAAGGUACAUGAAGGCAGGCAAGGAUUACGACAACGACUCGAGGCACUGUUUAUACGGUCUGGAUGCUGAUUUGAUAAUGUUAGGUCUCUGCUCGCACGAGCCCAACUUCUCUCUGUUAAGGGAGGAGGUCAAGUUUGGUAAACAGCAGGUGAAAACCACCCCCGAGGAAACCAAGUUUUGCCUCCUCCAUCUGUCGCUCCUGCGAGAGUACAUAGAGCACGAGUUCUCGCCGAUCAAGGACAUGCUGUCCUUCCCAUUUGAUAUCGAGAAGAUAAUCGACGACUGGGUCUUGAUGGGUUUUCUGGUAGGAAACGACUUUAUUCCCCACCUGCCAAAUUUACAUAUUGCCAACGGUGCACUGCCUAUUCUGUACCGUGCAUACAUGGAAGUAUUACCGACUCUAGAAGGCUACAUAAAUGAAGCGGGAACGUUAAAGCUCGAUCGUUUUGAAAAGUUUAUGGAGAAGCUUAGUCGUUUAGACGUAGAGCAGUUUAACGAGCAUUACGCCGAUAUAAAGUUUUUUGAAAGUAAAACAGGUAGAAGGCCCAACGAGUCUGAACGUCAUGUAUAUAAGAAGGCGGAGGAGAGUGAGACUGCAUCUCCGAAGAAGGCGGCCGAUAAAGAUUUAGAUGCUCUUAUCAAAAGUACUGCGGAGAUGUCCCUAGGUAAUUUUGACGAUGAUGAUGAUGUCUUUAUAGAGUAUAGAGAUAUGGAUGUAAUAAUAGAUGACGAGUCCGAUAGUGACAUAUACAACAUGGAAUUUGUACAACAUAAGAAAGAUUACUAUAUGAACAAGUUAGAGUAUGAGAACGUUGACGAGCAAGUUUUACGUUCGCAGGCCGAGGGCUACGUGAGAGCGAUACAGUGGAAUUUGCAUUACUAUUAUCACGGCUGUUGCAGCUGGUCGUGGUACUAUCCGCAUCAUUACGCCCCGUACAUUUCAGACAUAAAGGAUUUCAAGGACCUGAAGCUGGAGUUCGACCUUGGAGAGCCGUUCUUACCCUUUCAACAGUUGCUAGCUGUGUUACCUGCAUUUAGCAAGGACCUCUUGCCGGAGGCAUUUCAGUUGCUAUUGACGGAGGAAUCUUCCCCCAUUAUCAAUUAUUAUCCACAUAAUUUUAAAACUGAUCUAAAUGGAAAGCGACAGGAGUGGGAAGCAGUCGUGCUUAUCCCGUUCAUUGACGAGAAACUGUUGUUGGCCUCUAUGCAGCCGCACUUGUCGAGACUAACGACGGAAGAAGCAGCGAGGAACAAACACGGGCCGAUGUGUUUGUACUCGUAUAGUGACGAGAUCCAAAGUGUUCACAAGGCAACAGAAUACUUUCCAGACUUUAACAGUUACGCUCAAGUAAAGUUAAUGAGUCGCGACGACAUUUUUGUCCCGAGGGAACAGUUGAUCAGAGGACUGUCUCCCGGUUUUGAUCUAGAUGUUUAUUAUCCAGGAUUUCCUAUAUUACGGCACUUGAAUCAUCGGGCGCAUUUGGAAAAAGCGAAGGUCAAGGUAUUUCAACAGCCUUCAGUCGGAGAGAAUAUGAUUUUGACCAUAAUACCAAAGCAAACGCCAAAUUUGGCGGCUUUAGCUUCGGAGCUACUGGGAAAGAGCGUGUAUGUGGAGUGGCCGCAUUUGAAAGAGGCCCUCGUGAUCGGCGUGGCUGACUGCAACACGAAGCUUGGUUUAGUCAAUCCGUGCGGCGGUUACAGUCACGAGAAUCUGAAAAAGGAGGACGUGAAGAGCGAGUGGAACGCGCACAGCAAACAAAUCAAAGAAUUACACAUGACACGUCUUGGGGUAGAAAUCGGCGAUACGGACGUGUUGCUGUACACUCGCGUAUUCCUGGGCAACAAAUAUGUUUUCGGCGCCCAGGGGAAAGUUACGGUCGAGAAACAUUGGAACGAAUAUCCUGCGGUUUACGCUUACCAGACUGUAGUCAGAGAUAUCUCCGUCUACAGCAAGAAAUUGCCAGUUUACGAAAAUAUGCAUGAUAUUUUUAUACCGGGAACCUUUUGUUUCAUGUUGGGGCAUCCCUAUUACGGCGCGAUGGGAGAGGUGAUGCAAAAUAAGGACGCUUCGAAGUCGCGCAGAAUCAAAAUUUCUAUAAAGACCGUAAAGGGGCUGACAUUCGAGACGCUUAAGAAAUCCUAUGGUCAACAGAAGACGCGAUAUAUGCACGGCAGUAUUGCCGCGCAGCGCCUUGGAAUAAGCAGUCAUCUCUUAAGCAGGAUCACUGGGACGAUUUAUGUGGUACAGUCGUCGAACGAGGAACUUUCCAAGUAUAACCUUGGGCUGAAUUUGAAGUUCAACAAACGUAAUGAAGAGGUGCCCGGUUAUACUAGGAAGGAGAACAGCCAAUGGUUGUACAGUACAAAAGCGAUCGACCUGAUUCGGAAUUACAUGUCGCAGUGUCCUAAUUUGUUCGAACGCCUGGCGCAAAAUGUAACGAAUGACAUUUUCCAAGAAGAGGAGCUAUUCGAAAAGGGAUCGGAUGACCUGAAGGAUACGGUUGCUUGGCUAAAGACGCAACUGCACGGCCUGGAGAGUCGCGCUUGCGGGAUGGACGUCAUCGAAACGGACCUGGUGAAGCAGAUCGAGGAGGAGGUGGAGGAGUGCUUGAAGGCGGAGAAGGCCACGUCGAAGACUAUUUUCCUGCAAGUGAAGCCCCAGUUGCUUUACAAGCCGGGCUUGCACCUUCGUAGCGUGCCGCCCGACCCAUAUUCCCAAAAUCGUUUGUUCGACAGAAUCCGCUGCGUCAGAAACGGUUUUAGUGUACCGCUCGGGUUUGUGGGCACCAUCAUAGGAAUACGAAAGGGAAACAGUCCGAUUGACACCACAUACGACGUUCUGUUCGACAAGCCUUUCAUGGGCGGACUUACGUUAAGCGGCUGCUCCCAGUUUCGCGGUUAUCGUCUGGCAAGCACGGACUUCAUAAACAUCAGUUUCGGCGAGAGAACGGAGCAGGGGAAUCCGGCGAACGAAUUGGCGGAAUACCGAAAGCAAGCAACGGCGAAUUCCGCCUCUCCCAGCAAGAAUAACGAUCAGUCGACGGCGAAGACGUAUCCGCAGAUGCAACUCGCUAAGAAGGGACUCGAGAAAUUGAAUCACGACAUUCGUAUGGGUAUGGCGCAACACGGCAUGAUAGAAGUAAGCCCGAAAAUGAUACCGUGCAAAGCGUUCCAACAGGCUCCUCAGAACGCGCCGCCUAAUCAAGCGUCCGAAUUUCAAGCGCUGUGGAACGAACUGCACAAGAUACAGAAGCCGAACGGACCGCCGGAGAAGGUGGCAGCCAGUCCAGUUGUGGCGAAAGUCAAGCCAUUCAGCAACAAUCACAAUGUGCACAACGUGCAGUCUCCGCAAGAUCCUAGCGCGUUUUUGAAAGCUAUGCUGAAGAUUCCUGAUGUAAAUGCGCAAACGAGUAAGCAGGAACAUAAACAGUCUACGCCGCAACCCCCGGGGACGCCUCAGACAGCGGCAGUUUUGCAGAAGGAUCAAACAAACUUGAACACUCCACCUUUGGUACAACAGUUGUUCGAUCACGCUCGGCGAACCGAACAGAAAAAGGAGAAGGUAAAUCCGGUCUGGUACAGCUCGCAAUUGUUGAGACACUACUCGUACAACGGUGCCGGCGUACCGAAGUACAAUUACAUUGCUGACGAAAAGACAAAUUUGAUUACCGCCCACGUGAUGGUGGAAAAUUCCAAGGUUUUCAAAGGCGAUCCCUGCAGCACUCACGAGCAGGCCGCGGAGAACGCUGCGAAAAAGGCAUACAAGGCAUUAAAUUUGAACAAGGCGGCGCAGGAUACGAAAAUAGUAAUGACGCCCCAGUGGUUUAAUAUGCAACAAAACAACUGGAUCCAAAAUAUCCGGCCUCCUAUGAUGCCGCCUCCUAUGGGCCCCAUGAAAAUGCCGCCAGUCCCGCAGAACUUGCCCAUGCAGCCUAACUUGUUUUAUCCAAAGUGGAAUCCGAAAUUGCCACCGAAUCCACCAUUCGGGCAAAUCGCAUCGUAUAGCCAAGGCAGGCAGCUGCAGCCACAGCCGCAGCCGCAGCCGCAGCCGCAGCCGCAGCCGCAAGUGAAAUAUCAAGGGCCACAGAAAGGUCCUCAGAACGGACCGAAGGUGGAGAUUAGGAACAGCACUGCGUUCGUUCCUUUGCAAGCUCAGAAAAAGAGUAGGAACGCCAGCGUACAACAAGCCUCGAAGGAGACGAAUUCGAAUGCGAAGAAGAGCUCCAGUCCUAAAGCGCAUCAGCAACAGAAACAAGAGGAAACAUUGCCCAAGAAACAGAAAUCGGAAGUUGUACAUAAGGCCAGAGAGAAGACGUCGAGCGAGCAGCAGCAACAGCCGUCGCAACAGCCGCAGCAAAAUGCAGGGAAAUCGUCCAAACCCAGGAAGUCGCGCGUUGCCGCGAAAUUCGGCGCACCACCAUUAUCAAAUGGUGGUGAACCCCCCAAGUGAAAAUUCUGCUUUAUCUCUAGGGGCGGGGUAGAUCUUUGCAAAUUAUAUGUACAUAUAAAAUAAUUAUAUCGAUCCAUCCUCCCCCCCCCCAACCAUCGUUCGUUUUCUACAUUUUAUAAUAAAAAUAAGUAGACAUUUUUUUCCCGAAGAUUUCCAACGGGCCAAAUAUUACACGGUUCAUUUUGAAGACUAUAUUGACGCACCCAAAUGUUUUUUCGUACUUACAUACAAUCGCAUGUCCGUGCACGAAAUAACAUGACCGAUCGUUUCAAGUCAAAAUGUAUAUACACGCACUGAACUUAUAUACGUAACGUACAAUGUAAAGAAUAUAUAAGCGAGAAUUAUUAUUUUGUAUCGCAAAGGACUGCUUUACUUUUAAUUGUUGACAUCUCACGGUGCAGUGUACCAUUUGUACUGAUAACUUUUUGUGUCUUGAUUUCACGAUAUACCAUCAAGAAGACAAGUAAGUUUGCAAUUGGUCGGAAGAGUUGGAGAUUAUUUAUCUAUAUAUUUUAGCAUAAUAUAUGCACAAAUAUGGAGACAUUUUAAAUUAAGGUUUCGAUACCUUUAUUAUGUAGUUAUUUUUUUUGCUUGCGGUAUAUUUUAGUUUCUAUUGUAAAGUAUAUCGCGUGUGUGCAUAAUAAUCAGUUUGUAUUAGUUUUGACGUUAUCUGAAGGAACAUGUCGUUUUUUUAAGAGUAUUUCAGUUCGUAUUGGACAGAAGAUCUAUUAUAUUAUUUAAUUUAAUAAUGCAUCACGAUAGUUAGAGAACCGAUGAAAUGCCGAUUUUUAUUGCAACAUAUUCGUCGAUUUGCAUAUAAACGUUAUAAUACGAGGCAAUAUUAAAUGUGUGGUAUAUGUAAGACGUUGAGAAAGUGAUAUCAAGUCCCUAAAUAGAAAUGUAUAUCUUCGGUGAAUUUUUCUGUUCCUCUUUUCUGUAUUGCAAACAGAAAUCAAAAUUAAACAGAAACAUUAACUCCAUCGGUAUGUUUCGAUCUUGCUAUACAAUAAAGAAAGCGCAGUAAA